UGGUGAAGUUCUUGAGAAGUUAAGUGAAGAGUCUCUUUAGAGGCUUCUUUUCCCGCCAAGUGAGAGUGAUUGAAAAUUAUUGUAGGUGAAUGUGAUGCUUCAGUGAUGAUUAGUGACAAAGUGAACAAUUGCCCUCGGUGCCGUUAAUUGAUUAUUUUCUACCACAUAUAUUUCACUUCCUGCCCAAAAGUGUUAAGCAACGUUUAUCAAAAAUGAAAGUGUUCCUCAUACUGACAACUCUUGCCCUCGUACAAUGCAGUCCCACCUCUAGCCUCCUUGAAGGCAUCCUGGCACUAAAUUACACGGAAAAUGUGUCCGAAUGGUGUGCAGGUGAUCUCCAGAUUGUGGAAGAUGCCAUCAGGCUACAGGAUGUUUGGGCCAUGAAAUUGUUGGAUUCAUCGGGGCGUAUUGAAUCGGGAUUUGUAUGGGGCAACAACUUCUGGCUCGGCUCGAAGUCCUCAUGUGCUCGCCUGGCCAUCCCCUAUCCCGUUGGUCUGUCUGACAGAGUUCCGCGCAACAACGUGCCCCACUUGACAGACAUUGCGGCACCAAUUCCUGUGAUAUAUCGCGUCAUUUACGUACGACACUCUUCCCGCCUUCAGCUGGACAUGCAAAUACUGGAUCUGUCUGUCCUGCACAUUGGUCUCUGUUUGCCGACAAAUUGCAGCAAUAAUGACACGGAAAUUUUAGUGAGUCAAUUGCUGGCACAUGCAAAUUUCCCGGCUCGCGAAAUCCUUGGCAAAAACACAACCAUGCUGCAUAGCAAAAGUCUCCAGCUGCGGGACACCUUUUACCAAAGUCCCCUGGUGGUUUCAGCAAUAGUCCUCCUGGCAAUUAUGGUGAGCCUGAGUAUCGCCUGUUCAACGUACAACCUGUUGAUGGGCAGCAGAGCAACGCAAGAUGAUUGCCAAAUUAACAAGGAUGACUCAAGAAAUCUCAAUAUCUUUGAGAAAUUCAUCAAGUGCUUCUCCAUUUAUCACAAUGUCGCCAUCAUUUUCAACCAAGAUCUCGGAAAAUCCUCAAUUCCGGUGAUUCAUGGGCUCAGGGCUCUAACUAUGUUCUGGAUCAUCACUGGGCACAUUUUCUUCUAUGCCCUGGCCAGCACCAAGAACUUCCAGCGUGUCCUCACGUACACAAAGGAAUGGUUUAUGCAACCAUUCAAUGCAGCAGCCACAGGAGUAGACACUUUCCUUGUCAUCAGUGGUUUUCUGCUGUCCUACCUCUAUUUUGAGUCCUACAUGAAGAAGCCAAAGAAGGAUGGUGUGAUAGCUUUUCUGAAGAGUGUCUGCAAUCGUAUUCUGAGAAUAGCACCAUCUUACUACACAAUCAUCCUAUUUUCCAUGAUAAUUGGAAUUUAUCUGAAGGAUAAAUCACAAUUCAACAUGCUGGAAAACAUUGAGGAAAACUGCAUAAAAUAUUGGUGGCGCAAUGUGCUCUUCAUUAACAACUUCUUCCCAUUCUCUGAGAUCUGUCUCACGUGGAGUUGGUAUCUUAGUGUAGAUCUUCAGUGUUUUGCAAUUACGACACUCUGCCUCGUCAUCUGGAGCCGCAGCCAGAGAUUAGCCACUGCCAUAUUCAUUGUCAUCUUCCUGACGGCCACAUUCUUCAACUCAUAUCUCGGUUAUGUCCUCAACUUUGACUUCAUGUACGAUGUUGAAUUCAACAGCAUCGAUUUCCUGUACACACCAGUAUGGUCGAGGAUUCCUGUUUACUUCUGUGGUGUCCUCGCCGGAUGGUUUUUGAGCACGUUCAACCGAAAGCUCUACCUCAAAAGGUCCAUCAUUCGGGGUUUUUGGCUCCUGACGACCUGCACACUAUUCUUCCUUGUUUUCGGUCGGAUGGUGAACCACCUGCCAGCUGUCGCAUCAAUGUGGUACUGUGGCUUUGGGAAAACCGCCUGGGCCAUGGGGGUUUCGUGGAUUAUCGUCGCCUGUGCCACAGGACACGGUGGUAUCGUUACGAGGAUCCUCAGUGCAAAGUGUCUGCUCAAAUUCAGUCGCAUGUCCUACUCAGCAUACCUGCUGAAUCCCAUCUUCAUCCUCUUCACCAUGCUGUCCACAGAGACAGCUCUGCUGCUGGAUUUCGCCCAAUUGCCCAUCAUCGUUACAGGGAUUGUUGUUGCAGUCUUCAUUGCAGCUUUGGUGUUUAUGCUGCUCUUUGAGAAUCCCUACACAAUGCUAAUUCGAACGUUUGUCGAAAGGAAAUGAGCACAAGAAGGUGACUAGAAGCAAAAAAAGAACUUUUGUAUACUAAGGAGGUAUUAAAUGACCACGAGAUUUUUUUACACUA